AUGUUAGGAAUACGCUACCUGCUAAUUGUCACAUUCACCUGCCAGGCCUUGGCUGCUGAUAUCCUAAUGGCCACGAUGGGUGGCACCAAAUCCCACAAGAUUCCAUUCUGGGAACUGGCCAAAGGCCUGAUAAGCAGGGGCCACAAUAUCACGUUCCUAAGCGGAUUUCCAGCAGAUUUUCAUAUUGAUGGUCUGCAUGAAGUGACGCCAGCUAAUCUGGUCGAGUAUAUACAGAACUAUACAAAUUGGGAUCUAUUGGGUGCCAGAAUGAAUGGCGAAAUGCCCAUUAAGCCCUGGGAUGGGCUACGAUAUGCCUUUGAGUCCUGCGAUGCCAUGUUGGGUGAUGCGGAAACUAAGGAUCUAGCGAAUCGCACAUUCGAUCUGGCUAUAUUGGACGGCGCCUAUCCUGAGUGCCUGCAGGGCUUAACGCAUCUGUAUAAAAUACCAUUUAUGUAUAUAAAUACAGUUGGCUUUUAUACGGGCAGCUUGUCCUUAGCCGGAAACCCGGCCAGCUACGCAAUAACUCCCAACUUCUACUCCAGUUUCACGGAUAAAAUGAGUCUCUACGAAAGAGCUCUGAAUACCGGCAUGCAAAUCGGUCAGAAUAUAUUACACAGCUAUGUGAUGCGUCGCACUCAUCGCAUCAUGCGGGAUCACUUGGGUGCGCAUAUACCCCAUCCGUACGAUAUGUCACGCAACGUUAGCUUCAUUCUGCAGAAUGGACAUGCAGUUGUGUCGUAUCCUCGUGCGCUGAAUCCCAAUGUGGCAGAGGUGGCUUGCAUCCAUUGCAAGCCAGCACGACCCUUGCCCAAGGAUUUGGAUGAUUUCAUUUCGGCAUCGGGUGCCUCGGGCUUCAUCUAUGUAUCGAUGGGCUCAUCUGUGAAGGCUGCCAACAUGCCGGAGUCACUGCGUCGCAUGUUGGUCAAGACUUUUGCACGCCUGCCCUACAAUGUGCUGUGGAAGUAUGAGGGCAGUGCUGCCGAUAUGCAGGAUCUAACGCCCAAUGUGAAACUUUCACGCUGGCUCCCACAACAGGAUAUCCUUGGACAUAGUCAGCUGAGAGCCUUCAUCACACAUGGAGGACUGCUGAGCAUGUUCGAGACGGUCUACCACGGUGUGCCGGUGGUCACAAUGCCUGUGUUCUGUGAUCACGAUGUCAACUCGGCCAAGGCGGAGGUUGAUGGAUAUGCUAUAAAGCUGGACCUGGAGACGUUGUCCACCAACCAGCUCUACAAGUCUAUCAUGAAGGUGAUCCACGAUCCGCGCUACAGGAAUGCGGCUAGAUAUCGACAGAAUCUGCUGCUAGAUCAGCGAUCUACAGCACUGGACACAGCUAUCUACUGGACCGAGUACGUGCUGCGGCACAAUGGAGCUUAUCAUCUACAGACUCCAGCGAGAAACAUGGGAUGGUGGCAGUACUAUCUGCUGGACGUGGUUGGCCUCUAUUUGUUGGCGCUUUGCGCUCUGAUAUUAAUUCUGAGGCGCUUGGAUAUUCGAUCUGAAAAGGUGCGCAAUCCGCACUAUCCCAACUUAAUACCACCAACCAAAAAAAAGUCAAAAAAAUUAUAAAUUCGGCACAGAAAUAUUUUCUAUAAUGCGUUGGAAGAAUUCGAAUUACGGCCUGACAAAUAAUAAGUUAAAAACAAUUAAUUUUCUAUCUAAGAUAGACUUAAAAUGCUUAAGCCUAAGGUACAUUAGUAACGGGUUUAAUCAUAGAUUAAUCUAAUGCCUUUGCCUUCUUACCCUCCCUAUCUUUUGUAAAAAAUUCAAUUUCUCAUACAUAUUGUGUGUGAAUUAUUAUUUGUCGUCCAUCUAAAUUCUCUUCACUCUAUCGGAAAAAGUGCCUUGUAUAUAGUGUUUAUAUUUAUAAUGUUACACUUAAGUAGUUGUUUAAACACCAAUUUUGAAUAUGCUUAAAAGUUUUGUGCAAAAUUUAAACCAAAGUCUACGAAAAUAAUCUAUUUCUUUUUGUAUGUACGCAACGUUUUAUGUAGAAAUGACUUGGACAAUUGAAAUAAAAUAAAAUGGAAUUAAAGCUUUUCAAUUCAAA